AUGCCUAUGCGAGACAGAUUAGAAGAGAUGCAGCAGCAGAGAAAACAACUUCUUCAGAAGGGCGAACAGAAACCCGGAAGAGAAAGCAGCCAGAAAAAGAUGGAUGGAGGGAAAACAAUGCAGAAUUUUCUGGCCGAUGCCAGUAAAAUUGAAGAAGAAUUAACUAGAAUGAAAGCCGAUGUUGCUGAGAUUAAAAAACUUCAGCAGGAUAUGUUGAGUACACCUUUUCCAGACAAGAAGGAUGUGUCAAAAUACGAAUCCUUGGGAGAAAAGGUUAGACUUGAUGCUACCAAAAUUGGAUCUUCUUUGGUGCAGAUAGAAACCAAAUAUGAAGUUAAAGACCUCCCUGAUAGCAGUGCUUUUAAACGUGUUCGCAUACAGCAGCUGAAUACACUUGCCGCUGAACUCAACAUAGCAACAAAUGACUAUUUCAAAAUUCAGGCUGGGUAUAUGGACAAAAUGAAAUCGCGUUUACGAAGACAGCUUAGUGCUCGCGGGGACUCUGGUGUGGAUGAUUCAAAAAUAAAUGCUGUUCUGGAUCAUGAUUUCUAUUCCGUGUUCACAGACAAUUAUAUCGCAGAUGUUCACGAUGUUGAACAAACACUUCGUGAUCUUGAUGAUCGCAAGAAAGAUAUUCUAGCACUGGAGAAGAGUGUGACAGAUGUGAACUUGUUAUUUAAAGAGAUGAACUUGCUAGUGUCCAGCCAGGGGGAGAAACUAACCACAAUCGAAAGUGCCGUUGAUAAUGCAGCAACACAUGUGGAGUCUGGGAAUAAAGAACUAAUCAUAACAAAAAAAUAUCAAGCAAGAGCUCGUAGAAAGAAGUGUUGUAUAAUAAUUAUUAUCUUGGUGAUACUUGUGAUUAUUGGAAUCAUUAUUACCUUAAGCCUUACGGUUGGUUAA